UUCAUCUUCUCCCCGUUCCCCCACCAGAAAAUCGUCUUCUCCGCAUUCCCUCCCCAGAAAUUCUUUGAAGAUACAAAAGGCGUCUUAAUAAACGCCGUUUGUAGCUUUAUUCCGUUGCACUUUCUCGUCUUAUUCUUCUUGGAUCUUAAUAUUUUUCUGCCUUUUCUGAUCGUUGUUGUUUGAGAAUUCCAAAAUGAGAGAGUGCAUUUCGGUUCACAUCGGACAGGCUGGCAUUCAGGUCGGCAAUGCUUGCUGGGAACUCUACUGCCUCGAACACGGCAUUCAGCCUGAUGGGCGGAUGCCCAGUGACAAGACAGUAGGUGGAGGAAAUGAUGCCUUCAACACCUUCUUCAGUGAGACUGGUGCAGGAAAGCAUGUCCCCCGUGCCGUGUUUGUUGAUCUUGAACCCACUGUCAUUGAUGAAGUGAGGACUGGAACUUACCGCCAGCUUUUCCACCCUGAUCAGUUGAUCAGCGGCAAGGAAGAUGCUGCCAACAAUUUCGCCCGUGGCCAUUACACAAUCGGGAGAGAGAUUGUUGAUCUCUGCUUGGACCGCAUCAGAAAGCUUGCCGACAACUGCACAGGCCUCCAAGGUUUCCUUGUUUUCAAUGCUGUCGGUGGAGGUACUGGAUCUGGGCUGGGCUCCCUGCUCUUGGAACGUUUAUCUGUUGACUAUGGCAAGAAGUCGAAACUUGGGUUCACUGUGUACCCCUCUCCACAGGUCUCAACAUCUGUUGUUGAGCCUUAUAAUAGUGUCCUCUCCACCCAUUCCCUCCUUGAGCAUACUGAUGUAGCUGUGCUGCUUGACAAUGAGGCCAUUUAUGAUAUCUGUAGGCGCUCCCUUGAUAUUGAGAGACCUGCCUACACUAACCUCAACCGCCUUGUUUCUCAGGUCAUUUCUUCCUUGACUGCAUCUCUUAGGUUUGAUGGUUCCAUGAAUGUGGAUGUGAAUGAGUUUCAAACUAACUUGGUCCCAUAUCCAAGAAUCCACUUUAUGCUCUCGUCUUAUGCACCUGUUAUCUCAGCUGAGAAAGCAUAUCAUGAGCAGCAUUCUGUGGCCGAAAUCACCAACAGCGCCUUUGAACCUUCAUCUAUGAUGGCUAAGUGUGAUCCUCGCCAUGGCAAAUACAUGGCCUGUUGUUUGAUGUACCGUGGUGAUGUGGUGCCCAAGGAUGUAAAUGCAGCUGUUGCCACUAUCAAGACCAAGCGCACCAUCCAGUUUGUUGACUGGUGCCCUACUGGAUUUAAGUGUGGUAUUAACUACCAGCCACCCACUGUUGUGCCCGGUGGUGAUCUUUCUGGGGUCCAGAGGGCUGUCUGCAUGAUCUCUAACUCAACCAGCGUGGCAGAAGUUUUCUCCCGCAUUGACCACAAGUUCGAUCUAAUGUAUGCAAAGCGUGCUUUUGUUCACUGGUACGUUGGUGAGGGCAUGGAGGAAGGUGAGUUCUCUGAAGCUCGCGAGGAUCUUGCUGCUCUUGAGAAGGAUUAUGAAGAGGUUGGAGCAGAGGGAACAGAGGAGGAUGGUGAUGAUGGAGAAGGUUACUAGUGUGCUUAGGGUUAUCAGACAAUUAGUACGUUGGUUGAAUGCUCUUCUGCCAUCUAUGUCUCUGGCUAUCCUGUCAAGUAUGCCAUUUGGUGUUAUCCAUUAUCGAUAUUUGCUGGAAGUUUGGUAAUCUAGUUUAAUGUCCAGUGACUUUUAAGCGUCUUAAGUCUUAACUAGUUCUCUAAUUUCAGAGUACCUUUUUUUUUUAAUCAAUGCAAUAUCAUGUUCAGCCUUUUGCUGCUUUUGUUCAA